UAUUGUAUCCCUCCGCCACAUUCGCACUAGGAAAACAGCUGUGGCGAGCUAAAAGCUAGUAGUUAGCAGCAUCGUUUGUUUUUGUCGUGUGUGUCAGCGAUUUGAGCAGUUCCCUGAACAAACCGCUAUCGUACAACCUCGGAGUGACCGACUUGUUGUCUGUCAUCUCUUUUAAAGAUGAAGUUUCAGUACAAAGAAGAGCACCCUUUUGAGAAAAGGCGGUCCGAAGGCGAGAAAAUAAGGAAGAAGUAUCCGGACAGGGUACCUGUAAUCGUGGAGAAAGCCCCCAAAGCUAGAAUAGGAGAUCUGGACAAGAAGAAAUACCUUGUCCCCUCCGACCUGACAGUGGGCCAGUUUUACUUCCUCAUCCGGAAAAGAAUCCACUUGCGAGCUGAGGAUGCACUCUUCUUCUUUGUAAACAACGUCAUUCCACCCACCUCAGCUACCAUGGGACUGUUGUACCAGGAGCAUCACGAAGAGGACUUUUUCCUCUACAUUGCCUACAGUGAUGAGAGUGUGUACGGGAGCAGCCAAAGGGAAAUCUGAUCCCACUACCAUCCCCCUCCAACCACUACUCACCUUUCUGAGACCUCCACCAUUCAUUCAUUUAAAUAUUAAAUCCAGCUCAGCAGCCUAGAGUUCCCAGAGUAAAUAUGUCAAAUGCACUUUCACCACCCGUACAUUACCCCUCUCCCAUCCAUGUCUUUAUUAUUCUGCAGUCGGAAUUGUAUUUGCCUCUACUUUUCUUUUCAGUAGCGACUUUGGUUAAGUGGUCCUGUGGCCAGUUAUUUUUCUAGUGUCAAGUGUUAAUUGACCAAACUUUACUGAAAAAACUGAGAAAGAAUAAUAAAAUAAUGUUAGAACUAGGCCGUAAAUAUAGAUACCCCAGGGUAAAGGGAAGAAAGGCAUAGUAUGUGAGUUCAAAUCAGCUCUCAUUGACAAUAAAGAUGGAUUAUUGUUUGUCUGCUUUGUUGGCUUGCAGGAGUAUAAAGUUUGUUUUGAGUUUAGGUUAGGAAAUUAAUAGCAUCUACCAGUUGAAGGCAGGUUAUUCUCUUGUCUGGCAGAGUAAAGGAUAACUGUUUUGCAGCAGUUCUUUUCCUAGAAAAAAAAACUAAAUUGGCUAGGUGAUUUAUUUUUUAAAUUCACCAGCCACUGGAGUCUGUGAAUGAGAAUUUAGUGGGCUGCCCCGCAUCUGAACUUAGCAAGGAGUAUAAUAGAUUUCAGACUAAACAAUCAUCCUCUGCUUUCAGUGGUGAGACUAUUAUGUUGACUGCUACUAUGAUUAUUGUUGUUGUUAUUGUUAAUUUUAGAUGGCUUAAUUUCUAAAAGGUAUUGUAAAGCUGAGUGCAAUUUUCUCUUUUUUUAAGUCUUCUUUUUUUUAAAAAAACAAAACAAGAUUUGAACUCUGUAUACAGCUGCAUUACUGGCUCUUUCUCUCCACUCAUACAUGAUAAAAAUGUGAUGGAAA